GGACAGGGGGGGGGGGGGGAAACAACUCUCCACAGGAAAACCGUGAGACGGAAUGAUCAGAACCACACAACAGACGCACAAACCAAGGGGGAUAGUCAUAUACUUUGAUACUCCGUUAAUUACUCAUGCGAUGUGAUGCAGAUGUCUGGGGGCUUCGUCUGAAACUUUGUUAGACGCUUCCAAGGGAGACAAACACUUUAGGAGCGCUUCCCCGACCGGCGGAGGCCCCCAUCGUGUUGCCUUUUGUGGGGUUGCGGAAUGCGCUUGGAGAUGACCUCCUCCACCCUGUGCGUUUUGCUGGCGGUGGUGUGCCUGGCCGCCACCGGGACGUGUCAGAUUAACGGCACCGACGGGCCCCUGCCGGGCCCCGACGCCCAAAUGACCGGGCGCUUCAACAGCUCGGUGAAGAUGCGCCCGCUGGCCCCACCUCCGUGCGACAGCAACACGUCCAUCAAAAGCUAUGCAAAGUACAUCAACACCUUCUUCUCCUGUAUAGUCUUCGUCGUCGGCCUGGUGGGCAACGCCACCCUGCUGCGGAUUAUAUACCAGAACAAGUGCAUGAGAAACGGGCCCAACGCGCUGAUCGCCAGCCUGGCGCUGGGCGACAUCAUCUAUAUCGUAAUCGACAUACCAAUUAUCGUCUACAAGCUACUGGCCAUGAGGUUUCCGUUCAACGACAAGCCGUUCGGCCUCUUCCUGUGCAAGAUGGUGCCGUUCAUCCAGAAGGCAUCUGUGGGAAUCACCGUCCUCAACCUCUGCGCCCUGAGUGUGGACAGAUACAGAGCCGUGGCUUCCUGGAGUCGCGUGCAAGGAGUCGGCAUCCCCGUGGUGACGGCCAUCAAAAUCAUCUCCAUCUGGGUCCUCUCCAUCAUCCUAGCCGUGCCCGAGGCUCUCAGCUUCACCAUCGUCGGCUUCAGCCACAGAAACGUCAGCUACAGAACCUGUAUGAUGCAACCAAAGUCCCCGUUCAUGAAGUUUUAUACAGAUGCCAAGGAUUGGUGGUAUUUUGGUUUCUACUUCUGCAUGCCCCUCGCCUGCACGGCCGCCUUCUACACUCUCAUGACUUGCAAGAUGCUCCACCACAGGAAUGGAACCCUGCGGAUAGCUCUGAGCGAGCACCUCAAGCAGCGGAGGGAGGUGGCCAAGGCUGUCUUCUGCUUAGUUGUCAUCUUUGCCCUCUGCUGGUUCCCCCUUCAUCUCAGCAGGUUGCUGAAAAAAAUGGUCUACAUUCCAGGAGACAAACAUCGGUGUGACCUUCUUAACUUCCUGUUAAUCUUGGACUACUUCGGCAUCAACCUGGCCACCGUGAACUCCUGUAUAAAUCCCAUCAUCUUGUAUUUCGUCAGCAAGAAAUUCAAGAACUGCUUCAAGUCCUGCCUAUGCUGCUGGUGUCACUCCCCAACCCUGGCCAACAGCACAGGACCUCUGAAUGGGACAAGCAUCCAGUAUAAGAACCAGGAGCCCAACAACCACAAUACGGACCGGAGUCUGCGCAAGGACAGCGACAACUGAGCUACUGGCUGCCCCCCCCCCCACCAAAAUCCCUGCCUUGCCCCCCUGUGAAGCGUAUCUCACCAGGCUCUGUGUGCAAGUAGCCGGCACUGAACUUCACAUUAAAGGAUGCCGGCCCUUUAAAUGGCAGACUCUCUCAGGUCCUAACGUACCGACACCCGAAGGCGGGUUUGGUGUGCGCCGUACCCCUGGACGCUUCACCCCACAAUGCCCCCAAAGCUCACUGGAAGUGUUACUUUCAUUUUCGUCGGGUGGGUGAGUCUGGGACACGAUGCAACAGAGCGCCACCUGCAGGAUUGGCGUUGCAUAUGCAGGGAUGACCGGAGAACGGCCCAGGCGAGGCACGGCGAGGUCACAUCUGAGCCUUGUGCCCCCCCCAUCCCCCCACAGUGGGGGAGGAGACUCAUGGGGGUCCCACAGAGCAGCCUGAGGGUGGGGUUUGCACUCAUCUCAUAAGCUGCCAGCAGUAUGAAGAGAACAAUCUUAAGUACUUACCUGUAAGUACCGUUAAAUAAAUGUAUGCAUCACUUAUGGAGGCUUUCUUAUCCAUGGAUGGCCAAUAACAUGUAGAUCUCAUGUAUUUUACCAUAUUAUUCUUUGGAUUAUAGCCUUGUAUUUAAAGCUCUUUAUAUGAAUAUUGUAAUAUGUUGUUUCCGAACACCUUGUAUUAACAUUUAAAUAAGUAAAGUGUUUUUGUCUUUUUUUAUUUAAACGAGAAGGUGGCAGUUUUACCUUGAUAACCUUGUUGAGCCAAAUCUACGGAUAUAUACUUUAUAAUGUUUACAGAUGCGCGAUAACGGCAUAGUUACUCGGGCCGGUAAAUAAACAUAUUGGAUGCCAUAUUCUGUUUAACGAAAGACUAUAUGACAUGUAAUGUAUUAACCCCACAUACAGGAAAGAGCAAGUCAAAGAAGCAUAAGUUUAAUAAGAUGUAGGGAGGAAGAGAUCAAUAUUAUGAAUGUGAAGCUUAUUUACUUCCCACUGUGAAUGUGUACUAAAAAGUGAAUAUGUGUAUAUAUUUUAACUAUUAGUGUAGUACUUUGUUUCCUGGUUUUUUAAUGUGCUACGGAUUGUGAGUCCUUAACUAAUUGUGCUGCUGAGUAACUAAUAUUGCGGAAUGAUGUUGUUCUGAUAGCCACAGCCGUCACCUGCUGCAGAAAGGAAGUAAACAGCCCCAUAUCCGCACC